AUGUAUUCGUACUCGUCAUGGUCUAGUUUGACGCUGCUGGCCAGCUUAUUGGGGAAGAUGGAUGCGUAUCCUACACAAUCAUUUCUUGGGAUAAGUUCGUCGGAGCCUCACUCACUCUCCACCCACCAACAACAAUCGUCACCACAACUAUCACCCCAAAGCCCCCGCACCCUCUACACAACCCCAUCUUUCUCCUCUCCAGAUCUCCACUCCUCCCACUCCGGAACUAUAAAUGUCCGUCCACCCAUCUCCCACUUUUCCACCUCAUCACCCAUCUCUAUCCCCUUCACCCUCACAUCCACCUGUCCCAGCCUGCACCUCGACUGGACCUGUCUCACCACCGACCUCCUCUCCAGUCUCCUCCUCCUCUACCCCUCCGGCCCAACUUCUAGUCCCUAUUACACAUUUUCACACGGCACUCCCGCUCAAGACUCUUCCUCUUCCUCAUCCUCCCCAUCACAAGACACCUACACCAUCUCCUCCACCAUUCUCCUCCCCACCAAAACCAAAGGAACAGAAUUCAAAUCAUCCCUCUACAUCUCCAUUUCCCCCGCUUCGCACGCAGGCGUCGCCGGGAUAUCAAAAAGGGAAUGGAGAAGUUUUAUCGGCUUAUUGCAUGGGAUUAACAAUGGAUUGGAGAGAGAAAUGAAGGGAAUGGGAUGGGGAAGAUUAGCAAUGGAGGGGAAGUUUCCUUCUUUGAAAACUCCUUACUACUCUGAGAGGAAGAAAGGUGGUAACCGAGGAGCGAGAAAAGAAAAGUUGGGACCUUCGGAUAUAAUUUUUCCUUCUUCUUCUUCGUCGUCUUCGCUUUCCGAGAAAAAACCAGCGUAUCCGCGUGAAGUGAUCAAAUCCUGGGAAGAAGAGGAACAAGAAUUCAAAACGCAGACGGAGCGAAAAGAGGAAGGAGAAAUCUCCUUCUCGUAUAAAAUCACAUGGGUAUACUACGGUAUGACAAGAGAUGCAAACGGGAAGGAGAUGUUGCGAGAAUGUGCGCAGAUGCCUGAGGGAGUAGAGAUGGAUUUUGAGAGUGAGGAGUCUGGGAAGAAGAUGAGUGCUGCUGAGGGAAAAGGAGAAGAAGAAGAAGAAGAAGAAGAAGGGAAAGAGGUGAAGAGUGGAGUAAGUGAAGCAGAGGAAGAGGAAGAGCAGAUGUGGAAAAUCGAUUUAUAG